AUGCAUCUCCUCUUCGUGCCCCUCUUCGCACUCCUCGCAUCCGCCUCAUCAGACUGGUGGUAUUUCGACGCAUGGGACGGCCUUAGCUGCGGCGAUGCGCCGCAAAACGGCGAACUCGUCAUUACUACUGAAGGAUCAGGAAACCAAGUUUGCAUCAGUCUCGAUGAAAGUCAAAAGGCGUACUCGUAUUCUUCGGCAUUCGGCCUGGAGGAGACUGAGGUUCGAGGGUUUUUUUAUGAGCAUUGUGCUGGGCCGAGUAAGGUCCUUGUGAAUGAUACCUGUACGAAUCCUGAUGCGAAUUUGCCGUAUAUUCGAUCAUGGAAGGUUUCUACUGCUGAGGUAUCGGAUUGA